UACAACGUGCAAAAAUCGAGAAAAUGAAAUAUAAUCGCUGUCGCUGACUCGCCUCGUGCCUUCUCCUACCGCACGCUCGCUCAUCGGUGGUGCGACAAAGACAGAGAGCGAUUGAUCGUGUGUGCUUUUAUAACUUAUUAUCUUAACCUUAAGGAAGUAGAGUGAAGACAAGAACCGUGCACGCUUUGCCGUUAUCAUCAGGACGGGCAGCGACUGUGCACACAUUUCUCAGGGGGCGCGUCGGAAAAAGCGUCCCGGCGUAACCGGCCCGGUGGCCGCUCUCAGGUUUCUCUCUGGUAAUAUUUACGUUGCAGCGGGUGGGAUAUUCGUACCUAGAAUUCGUCUAGAAGUGUUUGAAGUACGGUUAUUGUUUUUGAGAGAGAAAGAUGUGAGACGUUCAAUGCACGAAGAUGUCAAGAAAUUCGGAUAUUAUAUCCGAUGAUGCGAUGAAGACAAUGGCCUUGGCUAUACCGCCAGACUCUCCCAAGAAGCCUGUGAAAUCCACCGCAGUAGUAAAAUAUUCUGCUGUUCAGACACCGGCAACGUAUGCUCAAUUACAAUGUAACACAGAUCUGAAUAUGCCACCUAGCAAUUGGCUGAGCAGUUCGGCAGAAAGUUAUGGCUUGCAGAAUGUUUGGUCUCAGAGUACAGGAUUUUCUAGUUUUCGCAUGGCGCACAUGUUUCCAGACUGUGUCGGUGAAGUUGACGUUGUAUCUGAUGCAGAAAAUAUUAAGAAAUUACUCAAGAUACCUUAUAAUCAUGGUGUGAUUUCAAUGAUGGUACACCGUAUUGAAAAUACAUUAUUACUGGAUGACUUUGAUAUCCACAAGUAUUUAUUGAGACAAGCCGAGAAUGACUGGGAAUGGCUGAAGGAGUUCUUCUAUGAACAUAUUUUUCAAAACCUAGGAGAUACAGAAAAACGUCUCUUUCACAAGGCAUAUAGCAGAAGCAGCCUGCAGCAGAGGAACCUGGUAUCCAAGUUUCUCUAUCAUUCCAUUGUACUUGCGGACACUGAGAAGCAGAAUGAGAAACCUGAGUUUCCUGUGAAAACGUUAGAACCUUGUUUACCUGAACCAACGCAGGAGGAAAAAGUACCUGACCCGAAUUAUAACCAUAAUUUCGCGAGAAACGUUGUAUGGACAUUUGAGAACAUACAAAUGCUCGUUGGAACUGACAUGCCGAUAUUUGGUGGCCAGACGCAUCCAUGUAUAAGCUUACGACUAAGAGAUAUGUCGAAACCGAUAAAUGUUUUAACGGGGAUCGACUAUUGGUUGGAUAAUUUAAUGUGCAAUGUACCAGAAGUAGUGAUGUGUUAUCAUCUGCACGGUAUCGUGCAGAAAUACGAACUGAUAAAAACCGAGGAUCUUCCAAAUAUGGAUCAUUCGAAGUUCAGUCCUAAGGUGAUCAGAGAUGUCGCUCAAAAUAUCCUGAGUUUCCUGAAAAAUAACGCGACGAAGGCUGGUCACACCUAUUGGUUGUUUAAGGGUAAGGAUGACGACGUUGUGAAGCUAUAUGAUCUAACAUCAUUGUGCAGUGAUGUGUCGGAGGAGAAAGGACAGAAUCCUUUUACCGUGCCUGUUGCAAUGUUGUUAUACAGAGUAGCUCGUAAUAUGAAGUAUUCACCCGAUUACCAUCGCCACCAGGGCACGAUCAGAAUGCUGCUGAAGAAUUGCGUUCAGCUGUUAGCCAAAGAGAAGUACCCACAGAUCGUUACAUCCGCGCACUUUAUGCUUUCGGAUCUGUACAUACCCUCGGCCACGGACCCAGCCAGUCCCGGACUAUCGGAUCAAAGCGACGAGGAAGACGCACACAGCGAGUGCAGUACAAGCCACGAGACCGAAAAAGAGGAGGAUGAGGAUGAGGAUGAGGAUGAGGAGGAGGAGGAGGAGGAAGAGAAGGAAGAAGCCUGUGCGGCGAUCAAAUCCCUAACGCUAGCCAACAUGAAAGAACAAGUGGAACGUGAGCAACCAAAGUUCAAAGCGCCACCGAUCUCCGGCACGAUAGAGGAGAGAUGCCUCUCCGGCUUGGAGCACGUGACCCACGGCCUCGAGUGCCUGCGGUAUUUCCCGACCGAUGACAACAGCGACGAGGAGCAAAAGAAAGCGGAGGAACGUGAAAAGGAGAAACGCGAGUACGAAGAGACGCACCCGAACGUGGCGAAACCGUUCCAAGCGAUCCCGAUGCCGUACGCGCCGUUGAACCGGCAAGACCGAGACGUUGCAGCAGACGUUGUCACGCCGGAGGAGAGUCCAACGACGCACAGUCCCACUCACAAAAAGAAGGCUAAGCAGAAGAAGAAGAAGAAGAGCGAGAAGAAUGUGGCAAUGGAAGCGACGAUUGAGAACGCGUUGCUGUGCAAACCCAACACGCAGACCCUGCCCACGUGGCAAGCGCCGAAGAAGAGCGAUAGUGUCAGCUGGAACGCUCACUUGAAGACGCUGUUGUACGAGAAAGCAUCUUUGAUAUUCGCCGUGCUCGCCGAGAAAGAGUACGUCAACAAGAAUUACGGCGCCUCUCUGAGGUACGUGCUGGACGUGUUGUACUGUCAGAAGAUAUUGGAAAUCUUCUGCGGCGUGCGGAACAACAAGUCGAUCAGUUAUCUGCUGGGUCGCGCGGGGGACUGCUGUUUCAUGACCGUGCAAGAUUGGGCCAGCGUGGACAAGCACAGGAAGGACUAUGAGAUGAAGAACGAGUCGGAGGAGAAGAUAAUCGAGGAGCUGUACAGAAUGGAAGAUUUGGACAUGAACGCUGUCGAAUUGCUGCCGGCGAGACUGGACAGUCUGGAGUCCGCUUUGAUUUCCUCGCACAAGUGCUACAACAAGGCGCUGUCGCUGGAGCUGACCGACAUGGACAGGAAUAACCUGCUGAGGCGAUUAGGGAACAUUCACAACGAGCUCGGCGUGCUCUUUAUGAACCAAGCGAGCGGCACUUUCCAAAUGGCAGGUAAUUCCCGCUGCGCCUCGUCGAAAAAUACAGCAAACUCGCGUCGUUUGCUGACCGACGGGUCGCGUUCGUCCACAGUACCGUGCCAGCAGGAGCACCGGACGGACGACGACUCGCCGAGCACCAUGGACGUGGCUACGCUCCUUACAUGUUCGCUGAAUCACCUUGAGUCGGGCAUCAAGGCCUUCGAGGCCGUUCACGACGAGGCGAAUCUCGCGCUCUUGCACUCCAACACGGGCCGACUCAUGCGUCUCUGCGCGCACAUGUACGCAAAACAGAACACCCAGGAGCGGCAGUUCUACAGUAAGGCGCUCGCGAGUUAUCAGAGGGCCCUGCAGGUCUUGGGCGAGAGGAAAACCAACUCGACGAUUUGGGACACGGUCACGUGGGACUUGUCCACCACGUUGUACUCGAGGGCCACGAUGUUGCAGGAUUAUCCCAUCGGCGAGCAAAAGAGCGAGGAGGAGCUAGAAAGGGAAGUGGUCGAUAUGCUGCAGAAAGCACUGAAGCAUUGCGACGUGGAGACACCGGGACCGCGGCAGCCGGUCUAUCAAUUCCGUGCCGCGAACAUUCAGCAUCGAUUAGCUUCGUUGUACCAUCGCGUGUACCGCGAGCUCGAAUCUGACGCGGACAACACCAAGAAGAAGACGAGCUUGCAGCUGUGCAAGCUGUAUUACGAUAAAGCAGCGAAGCUGCUGCUGUCAUUAGAACAGACAAAGGAAUUCCUGACGCUGCAACUGGAGAGGGUCGCUCUGUCGGAAUACCAAGCGCGCAAUGCCACAACCUUCAACAGCAAGCUGAAGGCGUAUCAGAACGGUUUGGAGUUGAUUCUACAGUGUAUACCGAUCAUGGAGAUGCUCUGCGAGCGAAGCAACGCGACGAAGGACAAGUCGCUUCACGACGGUGAAGCGGAGGACGAUGUCGCUGCGCGCGAAGAAGCGGCCGAGGAGCAGAAGUUGAAGGACGAGGAGGAGAAUCUCGUCGUUCUGCUCGAGCAGAGAGUGCAGUUCAUUCUGCGAUCGCUAACCAAGCUGUUUCUCAAUAAAAAUCCCGGAUGCAACAAGAAAGAGAACGAGGCACUCGGCAAUCGGUACAGACUGUGCUACGCGCGUACGUUGCGAGCGGAGACGAUGUCCGGAUUCGCUCUGGUGAAACACAUGACGGUGCUUCUACGGGAACUCAGCGGCAUGUUGCCGUGCGCGGAGUCGACGUAAUCGAUAUAUCGCGUAGCGUAGCAGUGUGUGUGUGUGUGUACAAUUAACGAGUGUUCAAGGAGAGUCUGUAAUUAUGUAUGAUACCGGAGCUGCUCUUUGGGAGACCGACGGAAAAUCAACAGCCCGCCCUCGAUCUUUUGAAGUUACGCAGCACGCGUACAAAGAGAAACGAUUACUGUUACCUUAGAUAGCGUUUAAAUUAUGACGAAGACCGGUGCUUCUCAUCGCAUCAAACUUUACGAUGAAAGAGACAGUGAGCGUACGUGAAAGUGAGGACAAUUUUUUUUCAAUUUGUCCUGUAAAUAAAAUAUGUAUUUUUAUUCUACAAAUUAAAGAUACCUCAUACCUCGCGA